AGUCAGAUGCAUUUUCUGCGCGAGCAUGAGCAAAUCUUUGUUAUUGUAGAAGAGAAUAAUAAUUUUAUGGAGUUAAAUUGUUUAUCAACCUUCUAACCUGUUGGAACUUGGAAUAUGAAUAAAUAGCCUGUACACUGCAAAUUACUGAAAUAGAUUUUGUGUAAAUGUGAAUAAGUUACUAAAAUAAUAUCAUGGAUCAAGAUUAUCUUAGUGACUCAGCUUCCUCUGAAGAUUACACAAAUGAAUCAAAUGUAGCCAUUGCGUGGGUGAUUCCUAGAAGUUUGAACGCUUCAUUGCAUCCUGACUCCUCAGAUGAGGAACAAAAUGACUAUAUCAGAUCAAACUUUGAUAAAAUGCUUCCCAGCGAACACUGUUACCUGGGCGAUGAGAUGGAAGAGUGUCGCGGCAGGACCAUCUGGGAGGACAACUCGGUGCAGACACUGGUGCUGCUGCCUCCGCCCAGCAUAGUCCUGGUUCCCGGCCAAGUGCUUCCGCUCACCGUCAACGACCGCUACACCAUUCGAAUGCUCGAGCACUGCAUCGACCAGUAUGCUGGCAUGUUCGGUGUUAUUGUCAAAUGGCCGAGACCUGGACACAAGCCUGAUGAAAGUUGUUUUGGAACAACAGUUGAAAUUUACGAGUACCAUAGGGUAUCAGAUGACAUAGGAGAGACAUCCCAGCUGUCCAUCAAGGCUAAAGCAAGGCAGCGAUUUCAUACCCUUGAAUUGGAGAAAGCAAAGAAUGGAGGUCUCUACCAAGCUCGCAUACAAAUAAUGCCUGAAGUGACAUUGCCGGACACAUUGUACCAUGUAUUUCCACACAUAAACCGUUACCUAUCUUCCAAAAGUGAUUGUUUCCGCAGACGGGGUGCGAUGACAACAAGAUGGCCGCUGUGGGUGUAUGACCAAUACCACCCGCCCAAGUUGGUAGAACGAGUCGAAAAAGAGCUCGAUUACCUGAAAGGUGAGACUCCCUUCAUACAGUUUUCCAUGUUUUUCUCAUAUAGUGUGAUGGACUUCACUUUCAUGGCUAUUAUCCAUUUGUAUCAGUGCUCAAACUGUCAAAAUGAGGUGGGUCAUCAGCGUGACGUGAUCGCAAUGUCGGUGGAUGGUCCGCAGAACACCUAUGUCAAUCCGAACGGUCAUCUGCACGAAACACUCACCAUGAGUAAGGCCUACAACCUGCUUCUCAGUGAUGACGAGCCCACCCUUGAAUUCAGCUGGUUCCCGGGGUACGCGUGGGUAGUAGCGUUCUGCUCGAACUGCCAUAUCCACUUGGGCUGGAAGUUUUUGGCCCAGAAAGACGAUCUGCUACCAAAAAGCUUUUGGGGCUUAACCAGGCGAUCGCUCCAAUUUAAAAUACAUGUGACUUCAGAAUCGCCAGAUAUAGACUUUCAGUUUGUCAUGUAACCUGAAUUAUGACUGAGAUUGUGUGAUUUUAAAGGAAACCUGAUGCAUUUGAUAAAAUAUUCUCGAGUUAGUUAUGAAUGGUUAGAGUUACGGUCCUUAUCUCUCGAUUCGUUUGUUUCUUACAAAAUUAUGGUUUCAUGGCGUUGAGAUGUGCUGGAGAAUCAUUGGAUCAAUUAUUUUUUAUUAGUAUAAUUGUAAUUUUUGUCCAAAACGUUUACGACUGUUGGAGGAAAUUUUGUUGAUUUUUUCUCAGUAGGGUAUAGUCUGUAUUUCACAAGAACCUACUAAUUAUUAUAUUCGUAUUGAUGUAAAAUCUACUAACUUGGAACUUCAACUUUCAUUUUCAACUUAAAGUCAAUUAUUUUUCCAAUUUAAUUUUUAAAGU